CCACACAUCAUUCAUUCGAACUAGGGCAUUUACAAACGCUUCUUUUUAACUAACAUAUCAUUUUAUUAAAAUACCGCAAACUUCAUUUAAAGCAUUGCAUUGAAUCACUCGUCUAAUAAAAAUGGUCAACCGUUCGAGCAUCAAGAUCGACUCGCUGCUUGCAUUCAUUGCAACUGUGGCUGUGGCCUCUGCGCAGGAGGGCUGGGGUGGACAGGCCAACGCAUAUUUGCCGGCCGCCAACAUGCCCGCAUGGCCGUACAAUGCAGCGAAUUUUGGAUAUGCCCAGCCGAACGCGUACAGGCCAAUGAUGCGCGGAAAGGCAAUGGCUGCUCGCGUCUACAACGACGAUUACGCCUCUUAUGAGAGCGAACCAACCGUGUACUCAGCAGACAUCGAUUCGUCAACUGAGCUGGAGUAUAGCAACAACGGCUACAACAACAAUGUGUACAACAGCUACGAAGCGCAGCCUACCGUCGAGCACCCCUAUACCCCGUACACCAAGUACGAGGCGGUUGAGAGCACGGAUACCCAUACCAGGUGCCCUAUCAUUGGCCCCGUGACGGUUACCAAGACCGAGACGUGCUAUGUUACCUUGCCGCCUCUCCCACCUCUUCCUCCUGUGACUGUGACUGUGACCUCGACUACGACCUCGACUGGAGCUGGUGGCUCAACCGCAACCACAACCGUGACAGAGCCUACAACAGAGUUUGAUACCACCACCCAGACGGUCACAAACACUAUCACAUGGACUGUCGCCCCAACUUCCGAUACCACCAUGUACAACACAAGCACGACUAACACUUCGGAUACGACUUCUACCGGUUACUCUAGCGCGCUUGGGUACGAUACCGAGCUUCCAACCCCCGUAUAUAGCAGCGUGGCACCCGGUUCGGAGUACCUCACGCUUGAGCCCAGCGCUACCAGCAGCUAUGGCUCGGAGUCCGACUCGACCAUUUUCCUGACCACCACGCGCACCUCAACCUCGACCUCGACUGAGUUUAUCGACACUACCUCCGAGGUCACCGUCACCUGGCCGCUUAACAAUGGGGCCCAGUUUGCCACCGACAUUGCAAAGAAGCACUCUAAGCCCAACCACCGCGCCAACAUUGUUCUGCUGGACUCUGCCUCUACUCAUUUUGCGCCAGUGAUUCCUGAGCACUUGCUGAUCAAGCCUGCAAAGGCGGCAGUGCCGAACCAAAAUGUCCAGUGGUGGAUUCCCUAUGUUGAUCCCAAGGCGCGCGCCAAUCUGCGCAUGAGCACUGAGGAAAAGAUCAUGGGUGCCGAGGGCGUUAAGCAGGAGGCUGUGCGGGGCAUGGGCGAGAAGAGUAGCGAAGUGAGGCGCAACGCCGAAGUACCCGUUAACAAGAGCCCGCAGGAGCUCAUGGAUAACAUUGGUUUCCGCAUCAGACAUGGUGCCGGCCGCAAUAAUAUGCGCCGGUACGCCUACUGAGCACUAAUUCAGUGCCUAUCCUCUUUUAUUUUCUCGAUUGAUCCGCUUAAAUAUC